AGGGAACCAAUCCGGUUCGAGCCUGUUCUGGUACCGGUUGGACCUUAAAUUACCGCUAACACACUUUCUUGGAGGUUUAGGUCCGAGCUGUUCGUCUGACCCACAUAAUCCAGAUUAAAAUAUUCUGGCUACUGUCUCUGAAAAAAAAAAAAACGAUGGGAAGAAAAAAGGCAACAUCUGAUGCAGAUGCAGCUGCAGAGCCAAGACGGAAGUCUCAAAGGUUGUCAGAGAAAGAGACGCAGGAAAAGCCAAAACCAGAGAAGACUAAGGCCCCUCCGAAGACCAAAAAAGUGAAGGAGGAAACAAAGGCCAAGGCAGAGGAGAAGAAAGAAGAAGCCCAGGCAGAGAAAGAAACUCCUGCAGAAAAUGGAGAGGCCAAAGCUGAGGAGGCUCCUGCAGCAGAGGAUCAGACGGAUGAAGACAAGCCUGAAGAGGAGGAGAAAGCAUCGGAGUAGAGGAGUCGGUUCCAUGUUCAGUUUCCUGUCUGUUAUGUUGUAAAAUGCAGAGAAUAUUUUUUAUCACUAUUUUCUUAAGACUGCAUUGUUUUUAAGGAUGCGGUUGCAUUUUUAAAAUACUUUCCAGAGCUUUUGUGAAGGGAUCGGUUUUUUGUCGUCGUGGAUUUGGUUUUUAAGGCAUCAUGCAUGUUUCGGGAGCACAAGAGUUUGUUUUAGGGGGACCCUAUCAUUGUUGCUCUUCUGGAUUCUAAAUAAUGCUGCAGGUGGGAAAAUGACCUGGAAGUUAAAUCAUUACUUCAUCUGAACUUUGGUGCUCAGCUUUCACUUCUGUGUGUAUGUUUUCGUUCAUGACAAGCAUGUUUGUUUGUUUUUUCCUCUGGUACUUUUGAAAAGCAGUAGUGCAGAAUGUUGAUACAUAUUUGGUAGUUUAUCCUGUUGGGAUGUGGGGAUUUUCUCUUUCAGAUACCUUUAUGGUUAAACAUGGUAUAAAAUGCCUAUUAAAAGUUUUUCUGUAAA